AUGGCGGGAAAAGGCGGUCAAAAGAAGGCCCCUCCUCAAACCAAGAAGAAUGGAACUGAGAGUUUCCCUGGGCUUAAAGGCCCUGGCCCAGCUCGGCCAGCGGUUAAGACACAGUAUCAAGAGAAACAAGCCGAUGAGGUGAUCGCCCUGGCAGCUAUUUACGGCGAGGAUUUUAUUCGACACUCGGCACCUCACGGUGCGUGGAAGAAAACCGAACCUGCAUUUGAUAUUAGAAUCAAAGCAGUAUCGGAUGACAACUUUUCAGUACUGCUCUCUGUGGUUCUUGUCGCCACAUAUCCCAAAUCCCCACCGCUCUUGACCCUCAAAAAUGAUGGUCAUCUCCGUGAAUCAACAAGGUUCAAAAUCCAAAAGUUUGUGGAGACGCAGCCAAAAAUAUGGGCCAAGGAUGACGAGGUCAUGGUCGACCGUCUUGUGGAAGGUAUCCGCGAUAUACUGGACGAGGCCGCCUUGAAGAAGGCCCAAGGUCUGGAGCUGCCUUCUCUGGAAGAGGAAAGGGCGGCCCAUGAAGCGGAAUUGGCAAAACAGGCACAGGACCACAAGGAGCAACAGGAGCAAAAGAAACUCGAGGAAACCAUGGAAGAAGAGCGAGUCCUCGGUGACAUGGUCCAAGAGGAGCUCAAACGCCAACGCAACAAGUUGAAGGAGUCGAGAAAGAAAAACCGAAGUCACAACAUGUCGCCCAAUCGAGCUCAAGCGGACCCCUCCGAGACCAACGUCGCCCUUGUGUUUGAUCAGGCUUGCAGUUUGAUGGACCACACUGGCGAUACCCACUAUUUCCAGACCGUCAUUGGCAAAACAGUUUGGCGCGAGGGACCGGUGACCACAGUGCACAAAGUCAAGCCGGUACUAGCCGCGAAACAUGUUCGUCCAAGUCUUGCAUUGAAGCAAGUCGAUAUCAAGUCGCACGGCAAAGACUCGACUCAGUUCAAGAAGCAACUUCAAGCCUUGGAAUCUCUGCUGGAGUCACUGAAGAAGCUAAACCACCAGAAUCUUUUGGAGCUUAUCAACUUCAAGAUCGACCGCACAGUCAGUGACAUUGACUCGUCCGGUCCCACGGUCUGGACCAUCAGUAUACUCACGCCCUUCUCGGACAAGGGACCUCUCGAUGAACUCCUCAGCUUGGCGGGGCAGAUCGAGAUCAGCAAAGCCAGAAUCUGGACCACGGAUCUUCUCGAUGCACUGGCAUAUCUCCACAGCAAUGGGAUUGUUCACCAGGACAUACACCCUGGCAAUAUUCUGCUUUGCAGAACGCCGGCGGGUGAUAUCGUUCCCAAGCUCUCCGACGGCGGCUUCCAGAAAGAACUCCACAGCAUAUCCACGAGCAUGGUCAAAGUAGUCACUAGCAGAGCAGCAAAGUCUGUCUACUGGUAUCCCGCAGAGAUUGCUGGAAUCUCCAAACCCCAGUACACGCAGAAAACAGACAUUUGGGAUUUUGGAAUAGUCUUCUUGCAGAUGGUAUUUGGCCUCAACGUUCCUGAAAAAUACCACUCCCCGUCGGCUCUGAUGGAUUCCCUGUCGCUUUCGAGCCCUUUAGAAGAGCUGGUAUCCAGGUUCUUUAAAGCAGACCCUAAGAAGCGGCCUCGUGCUUUUGAGCUUUGCUCUAGCGAGUUUCUCGCCACAAAUGCCCCCAUCCUGGUGGAAAACGACUCUGCGGUCGUUUCCGGUUCACUCUUAUCAGCACCCAAAUCGCUGCCACGGAGACUCCGGCAUGACUCGAUGAAUCGGACUGCUGUCACCUCCCGAUAUCAAGAAGACUAUAUCGAAGAGGCUCGCCUUGGAAAGGGCGGUUUUGGCGAGGUUGUUCGCGCUCGCAAGAUGAUUGAUGGGCGAUUGUAUGCCAUCAAGAAGAUUACGCAGAGGUCGCACGAGACCUUGUCUGAGAUGCUGAAGGAAGUGAGGCUCCUCUCACAGAUGAACCAUCCUGCAGUGGUUCGAUAUUACAACACUUGGCUCGAGGAAACCAUGGACUACUCUGAUGGCUCUGGACAAUCUGAAAGCGACGAUGUCUCCAGUGAAGACAGUUCCAACAAUACCCCAAUCUCCAGAAGCAUCAAUAUCGAGUUCGCUGAAAGCAAGAGCAGAGGUCUCGAUUUCAUGUCUUCAAGCGGACACCCGGACAUGGUUUUCGAGGAUGACUCUGGCGAGGAGGAUUCCGACGACGACGAUGAUGAAGAAGAUGAUGAAGAAGACAGCGAUGAGGAUGAUGAAUCGGAGUCAGGUGAGGAUACAUCCACCAUAGGCGAACGGGCACCGAGGCAUCUCCCUGUUCCGGCUCGAGGAGAUAGAAGGGGAAGUGGCCGCCCCUUUCGUACAGUCAUGUAUAUUUCCAUGGAAUAUUGUGAAAAGCGGACCUUGCGGGAUUUGAUCACUCGAAAUUUGUAUAGUUCAAAUCAAGAAGUUUGGCGUCUGUUCCGCCAAAUCCUGGAAGGGCUGGCUCACAUACACAGCCUAACAAUUGUUCAUCGUGACCUCAAACCCGAGAAUGUCUUCAUCAGUGCUGGCCCAGACGGGGUUGAGAAUGUGAAGAUUGGAGACUUUGGGUUGGCGACAAGUGGACAGUUAGCGGUCGAUAAGAACAUGGCCAACAUCGAUGCCGGCGAUCUUACAAGAAGUAUCGGCACGGCUGUUUAUGUUGCCCCGGAGGUCAGAACAGGAGGCAGUGGCUCAUACACUGCCAAGGUUGAUAUGUACUCCCUGGGCGUCAUAUUCUUCGAGAUGUCAUACCCUCCCAUGCUUGGGAUGCAACGUGCGAUGACGCUUGAGCAAGUGCGACAUAACCCGCCAGUUCUUCCGUCAGACUUUAAGGCGGCUGAUAAGAAUCAUACCGACAUCUUGCUUUCGUUGCUCACACACAAUCCCAAAGAUCGUCCGUCCAGCUCAGAACUGUUGAAGAGUGGGAGGAUGCCUGUUCAGAUGGAGAGCGAGGCCGUACGGCGUGCUCUCGCAGGGAUAGCUGAUCCAAGCUCUCCUUAUUACGGGAAAGUUCUCAAAGAGUUGUUCAGUCGACAGGUUGAGCCGGCAAAGGAUUAUGCUUGGGAUAUGGGAUCAACCGCGCCGAGCGGAGCAGACUUGAUGCGCCGUUAUAUUGUGAAGGAUACACUGGUCUCGAUCUUCCGGCGGCACGGCGCUGUUGAAACUCCUACAGCGUGUCUGUAUCCCCGGUCGAACUACUACGACCAAAAUAUUGUUCGUCUUCUGGAUCAAAAUGGUACGGUUCUACAAAUGCCAUUCGAUUUGGUCAUGGGAAAUGCUCGCUCUCUUGCCCGAGUGACCCAGGGGCCUGUGAUUCAGCGGUCGUACGCCUUUGGGAAUAUCUUUCGAGAUCGCCGCGAUGGUGGACAACCGGAUGUCUAUGGAGAAGUAGACUUUGACAUUGUCACCACAGACGCACUAGAUCUCGCUCUUAAAGAGGCCGAAGCGAUCAAGGUCUUGGACGAAAUUGUCUCGGCCUUCCCCACAACCUCUUCCACGCCGAUAUGUUUCCAGCUUGGCCACUCGGACCUUCUACACCUGAUCUUUGAGUUCUGCGGUGUGGAUAUCAAUGCCAGACCGGCGGCUGCUGACGUUCUUAGCAAGCUCAAUAUUAGGAAUUUCACCUGGCUCAAGGUCAGGAGUGAGCUAAGAUCGCCAGAGAUUGGGAUCUCGGCGACCAGUGUGGACGAGCUUCAGCGAUUCGAUUUUCGAGACACACCAAGCAAGGCCAUAUCCAAGAUACGAGGUCUGUUUGAGGGUUCCGAAUUUUCGCAAAAGGUGUCGCCAAUUUUGGCUCACUUGAAGGAUGUUUAUGAAUAUACCAAGAAGUUCGGUGUGUCCAACAAGGUCUACAUUGCGCCCCUGAGCAGCAUCAACGAAGUCUUCUUUCGAGGAGGCAUCCUCUUUUCAUGUCUCUAUGAUAAGAAAGUCAAAGAUGUUUUUGCAGCAGGAGGUCGUUAUGACAACCUGAUCAAAGAACAUCGCCCAAAGAUAGCCGGCAGGUUUGAGGAGCGACACGCUGUGGGCUUCAGCCUCAACUGGGAGAAGCAGUUGGCUAAACAGGUGCCCAAAGCUACGGGUAAGGCUUUCCUCAAGAAGGCUGCUGAAGAGGAAUCACAGGGUAUCUUCAGCAUGAAACGGUGUGACGUUUUGAUUGCCAGUUUCGAUCCCUCUGUUCUUCGAUCUUCUGGGAUUGAGCUUUUGCAGAUGCUUUGGGCUCACAACAUCAGUGCCGAGUUGGCCCGCGACACACGCUCACCAGAAGACCUCCUUUCUAGCUACCGAGAGGAAUCUUAUAGCUGGAUCGUUAUUAUCAAGCAGGAUAACAUGGUCAAGGUCAAGUCUAUGGGCCGAAAGGACGCUUCAGAUGCCGAUAUCUCAGCCACGGAUCUCCUCAACUGGCUCAAGUCAGAGAUUCGCGAGAGAGAUUCUCGCGUCCUUGCCAAAACCCGGAGCAUGCCAACCGCCGCGCAUGUAGAUUCGGCCAAUGCUAUCGAGGGUGAUCGCGAACAGGAAGUUCACAUUCUAGUCGCGCAGACCAAGAGCAAAAAGUUCAACCGUCACGCCGUCGUUGAACAGGCGCAGACCAGUGCCUCUAGACUAGUCAAGGGUUUCCUGGAGGGCCCAAUAGCGGCCAUUGAGACGUCAGACACGGUCAUGGACAUGAUUAAAUCAACCAACAUUGCCGACGCCGAAAGCUGGCGGAAGGUGGAGCAGAAUGUCGGCACGGCAGAGAAGAAGUAUGUGCGAGAGAUCCACGAGAUGCUGAAGGGGUGGCGGUGGGAGUGGGAGACGAAGAAGGGGCCGGGGCAUGCGUUUGUUUACAACUUUAGGACUGGGAAGUGCAUCUACUACGACCUGGGGGCCUAG